AUCAGAUGGGUGUGCAGUGAGACAGCCAGGGUAGCUGAGACCUCAGUCCUGCCCUGGGAGCAUAGGCAAACAUGGCCCUGCAAUGGAUGGUUCUCCUGCUCCUCACACCUCUGCUGGCAGCACAAAAUCGUGGUAAGCCCUAUCCCAACAAUUAUGGAAAACCCCAGGGAAGAGGAAAAUGUAAAGCUCCCUCAGACUGGGACCCCAGACUGCGGUUUUACCCAAGGAAGAUCAACUAUGCCUUGAACAAAGUGGUGCAGCUCAGCUGUGCUGGGAAGAUUCCUGAGAAGUUUGAACCAUCUGUCCCACAUAUCCAAUGCAUUUCCAGAGGGGACCAGAUCCUGUGGAAUGAGACUGCCACCUGCAAGGAGAGGUGUCAGCAGCCCCAGUGGGACUCACAGCUCCAGUUUAGGCCAAACCAGAGAUUUUACUGGGUCAGUGAAGUGGUAACACUGAGCUGCUGGAUGAAUGACGCUCCUCCCCUUGCAAUGAUCAGAUGUGCAAACUGGAAGGACGCCUGGGAGGUGUUGGACAUUUGGGGAACAUGGCAUAGGUUAGCAGAGAAACUGAUCUGCACCACGGCAAAAUGCCCAAAACCUCUAUGGGAUGCAAGACUUCAGUUUUUGGAGAAUGAAACCGAAUUCCCACAGAAUAGAGAACUGACACUGACCUGUGCCAAAGGUCUUGAGCCCUCCUUCCCUGAGGUCAAAUGUACAAAGGAAAUUCAGGGAGUGAGUUCUGGAAAACCCGUCUAUGUGGAUGCCUGGUGGGGCAGGAACAGCACAGGUGCCUGGACACGCAUUGAGAGGGAUGUCCUGUGUAUGGCAAUGUGCCAAAGGCCCAUGUGGGACUCCACACUCCAACUAGUACCCCACAAGGACAGCUAUGAGAAGGAUGAGAAAGUGAAGCUGAGAUGCACUGAAGGUUUCCACCCACCCUUCACUGAAAUCCAAUGUCAGACUCAACUCCAGUAUGAUUAUGGUACAUGUCUGUCCAAAGAAUUUUGGCAUAGAAGAGACUCCAGAGGUGCCUGGGUCCCCAUUCAGUCCAGUCUGGAGUGCAUUGCAAUGUGCCAAAGGCCCCUGUGGGACUCCACACUCCAACUGGCACCAGACCAGGUGAAUUAUAAGAAGAAUGAAGAAGUGAAGCUGAACUGCCCUGAAGGUUUCCAGCCAUCCUUCACCCAUGUCAAAUGUUCGAGCGAAGUCCAGUCCUUCACUGGUGGGAAACCUGUAUACAGAGAAGUCUGGACUGGGAAAAACUCCCGAGGUGCCUGGGUCCACAUUCGGUCCAGCGUGGAGUGCAGCGAAGUGCUCCAGGUUGACCCUGAGACCUUUGAGAUUUCCAGCACCAGCAUCAAACUGAAAUGGACCUGCAGGUUCCCUGAUGCCUGCCAGGGCAUGAGGGCCAUGUGCCGGCUGGCAGCGCCUUCCUCCCCUCCCUGUGAGGCUGAGGAGGUGAAUGGAGAGCAGAUGUUACACGGCCAGGAGGGAACAUUCACCUGCUCCCCUUUGCAGCCCUUCACUGAGUACAGUGUCACCAUCGAUUUGCCCCCCAACACAACCCUGUUCUCAUGGUUGUUCACGACAGAGGAAACAGUGCCGGACAAACCGGAGCAGCUGUGGCUGGAUCCCGACAGGGGCUCUCUCAGGUGGAGCUCGCUGCCCUCCUGCAAAGGGGAGAUCAUCGGAUACCAGCUGAGCAUCACAGCCAGGAAUGUCGGGGACAGCAGCGUGCUGGAGACGGAGCGGCUGCGGCUCAAUGGCUCCGUCACCGAGCACCGGCUGCCGGAGCACAGCCCUGGCAGCAGCUACGCCGUGAUGAUCCAGGGACUGACGGCUGCUGGAGCCGGGGCUGCGCUGAUGAGGGAGUUUCACGGCAACAGCAGCUCCGACACCCCGCGCCCCGAGGGCAUCAGCUGCCGCAGCGUCCGCGACAUCGCCCCAUCGCAAGGGACGGCCGUGCUUCCCCUGAGACCCAUCGCCCGUGGCUCUGAGGCCGCCAGGGAGCACCAGCUGAUCGUGGCCGCGACGCACAACGGCUCGCUGAUCGAGAGCAUCUGCUCGGGGCAGCCACCGCUCUCCAAUGCCAGCGUGUACCUGGCCGCUGUUCUCAACCUCACCAACCCCACGGACUUCGUGCUGGGCGACGGCAGCCGCGGCCAGGGCCAGCACAACGCUGCCCUCCGCCUGGGCCGGGACUACACGGUCCUUCUGCGCCUCGUCCGCCCCGGCCCGCAGGCAGAGAAGUUCACCUGUGUCUGCUACAGCUUCUCUGUUGGGCAGGAGCCACCAUCUCUGCUGGACAGCAAGCUGGUGGUUAUGGCAAUAGCACUGACUGUUGCAUUCCUGGCAGCAUUCCUGGGGAUUUUGCUGCUUUUUGUGAUCUUCAGGCUAAAGCGCAACUGUUCAAAAGGCUCGGAGAACAACAGCACUAUACCCCUGAGAAGAUGUCAGAAAGAUGUAGGCAAGCCAAACACACAGAUCCCAGUGGAGGAACUUCUGGAGGCUCUGAAGAUGUUUAAGAGAGAAGAAAUAGAGGCAGAACAGACAGAUGAUGAAUCAGUCAACAGGCAUGGUGCUGGGCUUCUUAGAGAAUAUCAGCAAUUGUCCUCUGCUUUGUUGCACCCCUGCAAUGCUGGCAAGGAGCUCUGUAAUCAAAACAAGAACCGCUACAAGAGCAUCAUCCCAUAUGAUCACAGCCGUGUGGUGCUGCAGCCCUCUGACACCGGGAAUGGCUACAUCAAUGCCAGCUAUGUGGAUACCUACCGAAGUCCACACUUCUUCAUUGCAGCUCAAGGCCCCUUGGCUGGGACAGUGGUGGAUUUCUGGCACAUGGUCUGGCAGGAGAAGACCUCAGUCAUUGUGAUGCUGACGGGCAUAGUGGAACAGAACAAGACCAAGUGUGAGCAGUAUUGGCCGGAGCACGAGCAGGUCUAUGGUGACUUCACCGUGACACUCAACAACACCUGGACCACCACAGGCCUUGUAAAACGCAUCUUCUGCCUGCAGAAGACAGGCUGUGCUCUCCCAAGAGCAGUGGAACAGUUUCACUACCUGCUGUGGCCGGACCACGGGGUGCCCAGAAACCCAUCGCAGCUCCUGUGCUUGGUGGAGGUGGUGAACAAGAGGGUGUUGGAAGCACCUGCUGGACCCGUGUUGGUGCACUGCAGUGCAGGCAUCGGGCGCACAGGUACCUUCAUCGCUCUGGACUUCCUCUUGAAGAUGGGGAAGGCUGAGGGGAAGGUGGAUGUGUUUCACUGUGUGCAGCAGCUGCGGGAGCAGCGGGUCAGCAUGGUGCAGACCAAGGAGCAGUACAGCUUCCUGUACGAGGCGCUCCUCGAAGGCUUGCUCUGCGGCAACACCGGGGUCCCAGUGGAGAGCAUCACCACCCUCGUCCACUGCCUUCGAGAAGAUGAGACCUCAGGCCACAACAGUGUCCUAGAGAAGGAGUUCAAGGCCCUGCAGAGAUUUUCUGAGUUGUUCCAGCUCCUGCCAUGCAGAGAAGCAGAGAAACCCAGAAACCAGCCCAAGAACCGCAAGCCAGGGAUCUUGCCAGCAGAUUCCUGCCGGCCCAUCCUGAUGUCCUCGGUGAACGCAGAUGGCUCACCAGCUUACAUCAACGCCGUGUUUGCCAGCACAUACACCGAGAAGGAGAGAAUCAUCAUCACCCAGCUGCCUUUCCCCACCACGCUGGUGGAUUUCUGGGCUCUGGUCUGGGAUUACACUUGCACAUCGGUAGUUGUGCUGAAUCAACUCCACGAGCUGGACAAGACCUAUGUGCACUUCUGGCCCACCCAGGGCGAAGAUGACUAUGGCCGUUUCCAUGUCCAGAUCAUCUCAGAGGAGCCUGGGGCUGGCUUCACAACCUGGACACUUGACCUCAGCAACAGGCAGCAGCCCAAGAAAUCUGCAAUGGAAAUCCAGUUACAUCAAUUGACAGACUGGCCCAUGCAGCAGCACCUUCCUCCACACCCUGGCACCAUCAUCAGCCUGCUAGGGAAGGUGGAGACACACCAUCGGCAGAGCCAAGACGGACGUAUCCUUGUCACCUGCUGGGAUGGAGCCAGCCGGAGUGGGAUCUUCUGUGCUGCUGGUUUCCUGUGUGAGCAGAUCCAAAGCGAGGGCAUGGUGGAUGUAUCCCAGGCUGUGAGGAUGCUGAAGAGGAGGCGAAGACAGUUCAUUAAAAAUGUGGAACAGUAUGGGCUCUGCUAUGAACUAGCCCUCAGUUAUUUGAAUUCAUUUGAAACCUAUGGGAAUUUCAAGUAGGGGCAUGACCACGGCCUGUCUCUGGAUGGGACUUUGACUCCCUGGACAGCCCUUCAUUAGUAACAGAGGAAGCAAGAGGGGGAAAAAAGGGAUGUGCAUGACUCCAAGAUUCUUCACUCCCCUGAGAAACCACCCCAAGGGUCCUCUGUGGUUGGAGAACACAGACUAGACUGUCUCCAAAUUUUGGCCAGGUGUUGAAAUGGGAACCUGACCCUGUGCCCAGCAUUUUAUGAAGGAACUUAUCUGAAUCACAGCCUGAGUAUGUAGACCAGAGCAGAGGCACCAAGACUUCACCUAUUCUCCCUUGCCAAGGAUGAAGAGAAGAGCUGUCCCAUCCAGGUUCCCUUGUCCCCUCAGGAAGCCCAAGGAAAGUGAGGUAGCACCAACACCCACAUUGUGUUUGGUCAGAGAAGUCUCAAACUGCUGUAAAAUCCAUGGUGCUCAGGAGCACAGGAUACCUGUCCUACUUUGGGAGAAGCAUGAAGCCCAAAGUCAACAAGAGCCAAGAGUGGGAAAACCCAUGGUCCUGCAGGGCUAAACUGGUCCUUCAAACCCCACACAAUCUCUUCCUGGUGCUGCUCCAAGUGCCACAAUCCUACCAGCUCCACAGAGGCUCUCUCAUCAGCCUGUGGCUGCACAAUGGCAAUCCCAGGUUACAGUGGCUUGACCUGAAUAUCCUGGAUGUGGUUCAAGCAGCACCACAGAAACAGGUGCUGUCUUUGCUGCACAAAGGCAGGAGAAUUCAGAACCAGGAGUGACCCCGUGGCUUUCUGUCCUGUGUCUCACCAAUAAAGGCCAUGGU